AUGUAGCAAAAGUAAGAACAAUUGCACAAAUCAACGCUCUAGGUAUUUAUAAUUACCUAGAUUGCUUGCUUUGGAGGCUUUCUUUAUGGAUAUGUUAUCUCUGAGCUCACUAUCGUUUAUGAUUAACUAGCUAUUGCUUUUGGAGUUGAUAAGUAUAAAGAUAAUUAAAUUUAUAAUGAAGAAACUCCUGAUGAUUAUACAUCUGAAUUCCACAACUUAAAAACGAUUUGCACAGUUUUUAUGCCUAUUGGUGCUCUUGUUAGCAGCUACAUUGGCAAGUUUAUCAUAAACAAGAUGGGUAGAAGAUAGUACAUGAUGCUUAGUGAUAUCAUAAUGAUUACAGGAUGUGCAAUCGCUAUGAUAAGCAAUUUAUAUUCUUUCCUAGUUGCCAGAUUCAUCUUAGGUUAUGCAGUUGGUAUGAAUACUGCGGUAGUUCCUCUUUAUGUCAAAGAAAUGUCCCCUGUUUCUAUAUCUGGACUUACUGGUUCUAUCUUCCAAAUUAACAUCAACUUAGGUAUUAUUUUAUCGAUUUGCAUCAGUCUUGGAUUAAAUCAAGUUGUUAGCAACAGCACUCCUGUUUAGGGUAUUUGGAGAUUGAUUAUAGUCUUCCCUGCUAUUUUCUCUACCUUACGUCUACUUGGCUUGAUAUUUUACUCUCGUACUGACACGCCUUUCUACUACUUUUCAAGAGGUAUGGUAGAUUAAGGAACUGAGGUUUUAAAGUCUAUUUACAAAGAAGAAUAUGUUGAAGAGAUAAAAUAGACUAUGACUCAAACAAAUGAUGGCGAUGAUGGUGUUUAGGAUCAAAAUUAAGAGAAAAAUACAGCUUCAUACAAAAGACGUUUACUUGUAGGAGUUUGCAUUCAAUUUUUUUGUUAAAUGACAGGUAUAAAUGCAGUUAUAUAGUUUUCAAACAACAUAUUUGGUUUAGUAACUUCAAAUUAUACUACAAUCAAUUAUUUAACUCUUUCUAGUAAUAUCUUUUUGAUGUUUGCUGCAUUUUUAGGCUCUUCCCUUUCUGUCAAAUUUGGUAGAAAGGUUAUCCUAUAAGGAGGUUACCUUUCUUGCUCUAUCCUUCUCUUAACAUUUGGUAUAAUAGCCUUCUUUAAUGUUAAAGAUUACGUUGGUCUAUAAGUCGUAUCUAUAAUUAUUAUCUUCAUUUUUUACGCUUGCUUUAAUUGCUCUAUAGGGCCAGUUACCUGGAUAUUUAACAGUGAUAUUGUUAAAGAAGAAGGAAUGAGCUACGGUGUACUUUCUAAUUGGUUCGGUAACAUAGUAAGUACUCUCAUAAAUCUGAACUCAAUAAUACAAAUAAAUUUCUUAGUAUUUGGAGGUUUUAGCACAGUUGGGCUUCUAUUUAUAACAAAGUUUGUCCUUGAAACAAAGGAUAAGACUUAUCCAGAAAUACAAAGAAUCUAUGCAGCUGGUAAGGAUGGAGAAAAAUAAGAAUUAUUAGAUAAUUGA